ACAAAACUAACACGUAUAUUACUACGUUCACUCCACAGUCACAACACAACAAUAAAUACCCCCCUCACCUUUCUCUUCUUCCACACACAAAUUCUCUCAUUACACAACACUUGUAAUAUUACAUAUCAUGUUGAUCAUCAUGAUCACGUUCUCUCUCUUUCUCCUGAUGGUACUCCUUCUCUCUCUAACAAACUACACCAAGCUCAAAUGCCUUAUCUCCUUCCACAGAAACCGCCACCGUCUGCUUGACUGGUACACCGACCUCCUUUCCUCGUCAUUUUCCCAAACCAUUGUCGUUCACCGCCUCGGCGCACCCAGGACGGUUGUAACCGCCAACCGGACCAACGUUGAGUACGUCCUCAAGACCAACUUCCACAACUUCCCCAAGGGCAAACCCUUCACCGACAUCCUCGGCGACCUCCUCGGUCUCGGAAUCUUCAACGUCGACGGCGAGCUCUGGUCCUCUCAGAGGAAGCUCGCCAGCCAUGAGUUCACCACCAGGUCUCUGCGGGAGUUCGUAGUGAUGGCGCUCAAGCAGGAGACAAAGGAGAAGCUGCUUCCACUGUUGGAGGAGGCUUGCGAGAAGGAAACCGUUGUGGACUUGCAAGAGGUGCUGCGGAGGUUCGCUUUUGAUGUCAUUUGCAAGGUGUCACUGGGCAUUGAUUCGUGUCGUUUUGACCUUUCACGCCUGGUCAACGCGUUUGACCGCGCCGCGGAGAUCAGCGCCAAGCGAGGGACGGCGCCGGUGUUCCUCGUCUGGAAGGUGAAGCGCGCGUUGGGGUUCGGGUCUGAAAAGGUUCUCAGAGAAGAGAUCAAGCUUAUUCACAAUUCUGUUGCGGAGAUCAUCAAGAACAAGAGAAAAGCCCUUCACGAUCAUGAUCAUGAUCGUGAAGUCAGAUCAUCGUGCGGUGGAGAUUUGCUGACGAGGUUGUUGAUGGCGGGCCACGAGGAGGAGGUGGUGAGGGACAUGGUGAUAAGCUUCAUAAUGGCCGGACGUGACACCACGUCGGCGGCAAUGACGUGGCUCUUUUGGUUGCUCUCCGAGAAUCCCCGGGUUGAAAACGACGUCGUUGAGGAAGUGAAAAGCGUCAUGAAUAACGGUGACAAUGUGUUGAAUUAUGACGCUUUGCAGAGUAUGAGUUUUGUGAAAGCAUGUUUGUGUGAGGCCAUGAGGCUUUACCCGCCGGUGCCGUGGGACUCGAAGCACGCCGGAAACGACGACGUUUUGCCGGAUGGGACGGCGGUAAGGAGAGGGGAUAGGGUGACGUAUUUCCCGUACGGAAUGGGGAGGAUGGAAGAGGUGUGGGGAAAGGACUGUUUGGAGUUUAGACCGGACCGGUGGUUCGGCGAACCGGAUGGGGACUACGGGAGCCGGUUUUUGGAACCGGUUAGCCCGUUCAAGUUUCCGAUUUUUCAAGCCGGUCCGAGAGUGUGUCUUGGGAAGGAAAUGGCUUUUACUCAAAUGAAGUACGUGGUGGCUUCUGUGCUGAGCCGGUUCGAGAUUCGACCGGUCAGUUUGAACAGGCCGGUUUUUGUCCCUCUCUUGACGGCUCACAUGGCUGGUGGCUUGAAGGUUUUGGUUCGGAGGAGAUGCGACUAAUAGUUGAUUAAUGUUAUAAAAUAUCAUCUUAAUUAUGAUGUGAUCGCUUAAUGUGGUUACUGAGUAGAUAUAUUGCCAUACUAUUAAUGUAACGUAAUUAAUGUGCGUGCGGCGUGCGUGUGCAUAGAAGCAACUACUUUUUGUAAUUUCUUGUUUUUGCUGAAAGUUGAAAAUGCCCUCCUCAUUUGUAAAUUAAGAUUAAGAUGGUAUAAAAUGCCAGCUUUAGAUA